AUAAUAUUAUGCUGACUUAAGAGGCUAAAUUGAGGUCUAAGAUGGCUGCUGUGACUAUUCAGAACAAGCAAGCAAUAUCUUCCAUCGCUCUGAUACUAACCUUUAGUUACAUAAAUCGUCUCGAGCCGGUGGAAAGCCAGCUAUAGUAUUGGGGGCCAGCUCAGCUUCAUAGAGACGCGCCUCGUCACCACCAGUUUGGAGCUAACAGAGAUUUGGGGGCCUUGUGGUCACUCUGUUUCUAUAAAUCGGCCAAUUCAGGCCAAUUCAUAUCACUCGACGGAGUACAGAAACAUCUUGUUCUUCUUCUUCUUCUUCUUCUUCUUUAUAAACGUCUUCAUAAUGCGUUUGCUCUCCCUUCUAGCUGCUGCUGCCUUCACGCAACAAGUGCUUGCUACAAAUUCGACUCUUCCCGAGCAACUUUUCUUGGAUCUGCGUAUACAAGAUGUCUUCGAUAACACCACCGGAAUGAAUCAUGUCGAACCCUGGGCCACGAAAUAUAUUGAGUCGCUUCGGGCCCAAAGGUACGGUGACGCGAUUUGGGCACGAUACCAUAUCAGUGGGGAUGUGGAAGAUGGUAUCGUCGAUGGCUCAAGUAAUAUGACUGUGCUCGAAGUGAUCGCGGACGAUGCUCGCGAGUACAGAGUGAACGAGCCAGAGCUUUACACCGAAGCCCUAUCUUUCUAUACUCAAACCAGCAGCGAGGAUUCCCACGCUACCGAUGUACUGGCUCUCCUGCAGCGUAUUGGCGAGGAGGAUGUCACUGAGCUUGAGAAACGCAAGACAUACGGAAUCAGCUGCAGCAAAGACUGGCUCGCCUACGAGUAUAGUUGUGCUAAUCUUCUCAGUCUCAUGUCUGAGAGCAAAACGUAUAUCGGUAACACGCGGUCGGUCUACAGUUACGGCAACUGUCGUCUCCGGGUUGGGCCGUACAAGGGCACUUCGACCGAUUUGACAGAGUGGACGGCCCAUGCGGUGGCUAAGCUUAUUCUCGAAGAGUGCGAGUAUGUACCGGCAUGUUGUGACUACAAGGUUGUCUCUGGUUACUCGCCGAAGAAUUCAGGGCAUCGCAAGGUUUGUCUGAGCCGUAAGAACUCGGGCUGCUCUUAGACUGUGUGGGGUGCCCGCUGGGUGUUAAUCCAGUCUUGAAUCAGGCAUCAGAUAUUUUGAUGUUGAUGCUGGUUGCUCGAAGGAAAAGAAAACGGCCUUGGAUAGUGCGUGGAUUGAAACUCAAAGGAAUCUUAGAAACCAUGUAUAAUAAGGUGUUGAAGAAUAAAUUGAAACAAAAGGUUCAAUAGG